AAAUAAUCCAAUUGACUAUGUUCAUGUCAUUUCUACGUGAAUUACUAAAACAAGAUGCGUCAAUAUCAAUUUAUUUUUCACGUAAUGAAAAGUAUAAUGGAGAAAUAAAAAUAUGGUAUUAUGUGGUAAUAUUGUUGACAUUGGCUGCAUUAUUUUAUUGUUUUAUAUUUUUUAAGAAAAUUGCCAAUAGAGGUCCAAAUUUAUUAUUGAUCGAUAUAUUUCUUACAAUAUUAUGGAUUACAUCAGGCAUAACAAAUCUUUAUCCGAUGUAUAUGGGAGACAAAAAUUUAUCAUGCGAAGCGAUGGGUUAUGAUGUUUCAUUAGUACAACAUUUUUACUGGAAAUGGUGUAGUACUUAUUUUGUGGCAAUUGUAAUGAGCUGGAUAACCACAACAUCAUUUAUAAUGUCGUUGUCUUUAAAUAUAAUUUUUCAUGUUUCAGAGCAAAAAACUGAUAGUCAUUGCGAUAAACACAUAGUGGAUAAUGAUCCAAUUGAAUUGAUUGUAAUAAAUCAAAGUAAUAAUAAUAACAAUGAUAAUGACAACAAUAUCAACAAUAAUACUGUAAUCAUUGAAAAUCAGUGA